AGAAUACAGUGGAAACUGGAAAUAGGACAAGGAGAGGUGUCACCAUCGGUCCUUUACACAAUCACAUAAAAAAUCCCUAACACGCGGAUUUGUUUAAGUAAUACGUGAGUAUAAAAAAAAAAAAAACGAAUGUUGAGUGAUUAUUUAUCUCGUUUAAAUCGUGAUAAUAAUUACAAUUAAAAAUUACAUUUGGAGAUCAUAAACCGAUCUACUGAUCGGCGUCCUUUCGUCAAAAUGGAAAGCUUGACAAAAGAAUUGCGGAUGACAGCAGAAGAAUCAACUUACAGAUCAAAAAAAUUCAGUGACUUGAGAACAAUUCCAACUUGGGAAUGUACGUGUGCCUCGUGUGGAAAUCCAAUCAACCGUGAAACGUUACACUCUCAUCCAGUUUUAGGAAUCCUUCAGUGUCAGCCUUGUGCUGAUCAAUUUAGAUUAUUACAAUCAACUGCUGAUGAGGAUACAAUAAAAAAUUCUUGUCUUAUUUGUGCUAGGAGCAACGUUAAUCAACAAUUUGUUUGUACUGGAAAAAACUGUGACUUUUCAUUUUGCAAAAAAUGUAUUAAAAGGAAUGCAGCAAACACCUUGCUUGUUGUUACAAAUUCAGAUUGGAGGUGUUUUGUGUGCAACACAAAGCCACUUUGGCAACGUCGUGGUGUCUGUGCUCUAAUGAUGGCAUCAAAUUCCAGAAGGAGUCAAAAAAAUAAAUCAGCAAGGAGUAGAAACAAUGACAGCGAUGACAGCUCCGAGGAUUCAUCGUCACAACGUAAAAAUAAUAAUAAUAAAAAAAUAAUAAAACCAUCAUUAGUUAAAUCAUCAUCAAUAAAAUUAUCUCAAAAUCAAAAUACAAAAAAAAAGAAAAAUAUUAGUGUACUAUUAACAACUGAUGAAGAUGAUAACGAUGAUGAUGAUGAUGAUACAAAUGAUUUUGAACCUGAUAAAAUUAUUUCAACACAACAAAAAAAAAUACUUCCAAUAAAACAUAAAAAUAAAAUAAAAUCAAAGUCUUCUGAUAGUGAUUCAAGAAUUAAAAUAACUAGUGUUGAAACAAUUAGAAAAUCACAAGUUGAUAAAUCAAAAAUUGCAGCAUCACAGAGUCAAAAAUAUUCACAAAGUUGGCUAAAACCAACACUAGUACCACGAACAACAUCUGAUUCAAGUUCUGGUAAAGAAUUUACUCAGAAUAAAAUUGUCAAAGAAAUUUAUGUACCUCUACAAAAUCUUAAUUCAAUUAAAGAAGAUGUAUCAUGUUCAUUAAAUAGUAGUUCUUCAAAUGGUGAAUUAUCAAAAACUCAAGUAUUAAAUUUACGAAGUGCAACACAAAAAUAUUUUGAUGAUUUAAUAAGUACAUCUAAAAAAUUAACAAAUGAUAUUGAAACUGCUAAAAAAUUAUAUAUGAAAAAAGAUAAAUUUAAGGCAAUUGAUGCUUCAAAAUAUAUUAUAGAAUGUAAAAAUAUUGCAUGUUCAUUAAUAAAACGUACAGAGAUUAAUGAAAAAAAAUUAUAUGAACAGUACAAUGGAUGGUGUAAAAAAUCAAAAGUUAAAAAUAUAUUAAAAAAUUCAAAACCAACUAAAAGAAGAAGAACAUUAUCAAAGCAUGAAACAUCAGCAGCAGCAUCAUCAUCAUCAGAUGAUGAUGAUGAAGAAAAAGAAAAAAAUAAUAAAAAAAUUGUCAAGAAAUCAAUUGAAAAAAAAAUAGAUGAAAAAGAACCAACUGUAUCUGAGUGUGAUAGUGACCAAAUAUUUUCUGAUGAUGAAUCAAAAAAAAAGUCUUCCAGUAUUAAAAAAAAUGAUAAAUACAAUAAAAAUAAAAAAAUAGAAAGUAGUGGUAUUGAAAGUGAAUGUUCAAAUGGUAAUAAUAAUUCAGAUAUUGAAAUGAAUUUAUCAUCACAAAAAGCUUCCAAAUCAAAUGAUAAAAAUAAAGAGCAUAAAUUUUCUUCAGAUAAUUCAGAUGAUGAUAAUAGAGCAAAAAAAAAUACAAAUGAUGAUGAUAAACAUAAUAAAUCAGCUGAAGAUAUGUUUGCUGAAGAUAAUAUUAACACAAGUGAACCAAUUUUUGAUAAAAAUAAAAAUAAAGUGACCAUAAUAUCUGAUGAUUCAGCUGAUGAUGAUGUAUUUUCUUCACCAGAUUUAAAAAAAAGAAAAUCAAGAGUUUCAACAUCUGGAGAAGCUAAAACAAAAAAACCAUUAUCAAGAAGAUCAAGAAAUAGUUCAACUGAUGAAGAAUUUAAAAGUUCACAUACAAAAUCAUCAAAAGAUAAUAUUAAAGAUGUUGAGAGUCUAGAAAAUCUUGAUGAUGAUCAAGCUAAACAGUCUAAAAAAAAUUCAUUGUCACAAAAAAUUUCAGACUCGUCAGACAUGGAAACAACAGAAGCAAAAAAUCAUAAAGAUAAAAAAACAAGUGAAAUAUCUGAUAGUGAUGAAGCAAUAGAUGUUCAAGCAAAAAGUAAAAGUCAAACUAUUGAAAAUUUUGAUUUAUCUGGAGACGAGGCUAAAUCACAGGAGGCUGUAUCAAAAGGAAAAAAAUCGAAUGAACUUCCUGAUGAUGAAGAAGCAACUGUCAAUGAUAACAUUGAUAAUCAUUUUACAUCUGAUGAAGAUGAAAUAAUUGCCAAGAAAAAACUUGAAUUUUCUGAGUCGUCUGAUGAUGAAGAAAUUACUGAAAAGAAAACAAAAGCUAUAGAGUCUAGUAAAUCUAAUGAUAAAGAUAAAUUAUUAAAUACUUCUGAUGCUGAUAAAAGUACUGAUGUUGAAAAUAAUAAAAAAGUUGAAAAAGAGCCUAAAAAUAAAAAUGAUGACUCUGAUGCUACAGAGGUUGAUGUUGCUACAUCAAAAAAAGUUGUGACAAAGUCGUCAGAUAGUGAAGACACAGAGCCUAUAUUUUCAGCAACUGAUAAAACCAAAAAAUUAGCAUCCAAAAAUAAUUCGGAUUUAUCAGACAGUGAUGAUACAGAACCUUUGUUAAAAAAUAAAUUAACAAACAACAAGCCAUCAGCUAAUGAUAAUUCUGAUGAUGAUCAGAGUACAGAUAUUGAUGAUACACUUCCAAAACUACCAAUUGAUUCAACAGCAUCACUGGAUUGUACUAGAAUUGUUGAUGAAUCUCCAAAAAAUAAAGAAACCCAAAAUUCUUCUGAUGAUGAUGAUGAGAGUGAAAAUGCUAUGAAUAAAAGUAAGAAAAAAAAAUCAGAAGAUUCAGUUUCAACAGAAUAUGAAGAAGACGAUGCUGAAGAACCUGCUAAAUCAAAAAAAAAUAAAUCAUCAUCCAGUGAAGUAUCGGAUAAUGAUUUAAUUAAAAAAAAGCAACUUUUAGCUGAAAGUUCAAGUGAUGGUGGGGACACUGAGCCUGUUUCAAAUAAUAAAAAAACAAAAUCUUCUGAUACUGAAAAAAAUGCAAAAAAAAAAUUAUUAAAUUCUGAUUCUAGUAAUGAUGAUGAUGAUAAUGAUACUGAAGUUGAAAAAAUAAAUGAUGAUAGUGUCAAAAAAACCGAUUCAAAAACAUUAAAAGCUCUUGAACAUUCUUAUUCAAAAAGAAAAAAAACAUUAUCACCAUCAUCACAAGAAUCUAAAAAUUCAAAAAAACCAGAUAAAAGUUCUGAUGACUGUUCACAACAACCAGAUAAAAAAAGGCGUCGUCUUGAUUUAUCAGAAAAUAAAAAUAAUGAAAUAAAUGAUAAAACAAAUAAAAAAAAUUUAUCUAGUCAUAGUUCUGCAUCAAGUGAUAAUGAAGCUAAGAAAAAACUUCUUAAUUCAUCUUCAUCUGAUUCUGAUAAUGUACAAAAAAAUUCAACUGAUAAAUCAUCAGAUGAUAAAAAUAUAUCAAAUAAUAAAAUAGUUAAUUUAAAAAAUUCACCAAUUCAACAAGCAAGAUUAAAUAAAAAAGCAUUUCGUCGAAUAAUAAAUCAAUUUUAUAAAAAUAAUCCAAAACUUAAGCUAAAGUGUACAGUCAGGAUUGAAAGAAUCCCACCAAGAAUACUUAGGAAACAUGCCAAAGCUCUAAAAAAAUCAAAGGAAUACGUAGAAAAUAAAAAAUUAAAGAGUUUAGUAACAUUGGCUGAUUUGGAAAAAAAUCGUAAUCGUGAUAGAGAAAUAAAAUCAUCAUCUGACGAAGAAACUUCGACAUCAACAAGAAAUCGUAAAAAAAAAACUAAAGAAACUGAAGAAACAUUAAUGGAUCAUUUAAAUAAUAUUAAUAACGGUGAUACAAUGGAAGUUGAUAAUUCAUUAUCUGAUGAUAAUGAAAAUGAAGAACAACAAAAUUUAAGAAACGCUGCUGAAAUUGGUGAUCUUGGUGAUGCAGCUGAAAUGAUUGCCCAUAAUAAUUUAUUACGUGAUACUGAUUCAAAUUCGGGUGAAGAACUUGAAAGACUUGAUGAUUCAAAUGCUGAAGAUGAAGAAGAAAAUGAAACAGAACAAAAUAAAAAAACCAAAACAAAAAAAUCUAAAACAAAUGAUAACGAUGAUGAUGACGAUGAUGAUGAAGACGGUGAUGAUGAUGAUAAUGGUGGUGGCGGUGAUGAUGGUGGAGCUGAUAAAUCAAGAUGGCGUCGUAAUAAUGUUUUAACAAAAAAAUUUACAAGCUCAGAUUCUGAUGAACAAGCUGAAAAAGCUGAAAGAAAAUCAUCAGGUUUAAAAUCAUCACAAAAUCAUGAUGAUGAUAAUGAUGAAGAAGAUAGUAAUGAUGAUAAUGCAAAAAUAAAAAAAAAACGUGUUAGAAAACAACGUCUUGAUUCUGAUUCUGAUGCAAAUAUAUUAGAAUUAAAUUCAAAUUCAGAUAGUGAUUUUGAAACAACUGAUAAUAAUAAAAAAUCAGAUAAUGAAAAAAGUAAUAAAAAAAAUAAAACAAAACGUAAAAAAAAUAAUAAUUCAUCUGAUUCUGAUUCAUCAUCAACAACAAGAAAUAAACAAAAAGCUAAAAGACGUAGAAUAAAAGCAGCUGAAACAGAUAGUGAUGAUAGUUCAAUUGAAGAAUUAAAUAAUUCACAAGGUACACCAGGUAAAAGUGGACGUAAAAAUAUACGUAGAGUAUUAAAAGAUACAAAAGUUGCUGAUGAUACAAAACAAGCAGCAAUGCAAGAAGAAGAAAGAUUAAAACGUAUGGCUGAACGUCAAAAAAUAUAUAAUGAAAUGUAUGAAGUUAGACUUGCUGGUGAAAAAAAAGUUGAUAAUCUUGUAUUAGAUUUUGAUGAAGAAUCAAAAGAAGAAUUAUUAUCUGUACAUGAAAAUUUAGUUAAAAAACUAAAACCUCAUCAAGCACAAGGUAUUAAAUUUAUGUGGGAUGCAUGUUUUGAAUCAUUAGAACGUGCUAAAACAACAAAAGGUUCUGGUGCAAUAUUAGCUCAUUGUAUGGGUCUUGGUAAAUCAUUUCAAAUAGUUACAUUAUCACAUACAUUAUUAUCAAAUUGUGAUAAAACUGGUGUUAAAACAGUUAUGGUUGUAUGUCCAUUGAGUACUGUAUUAAAUUGGGUUAAUGAAUUUAGAAUAUGGCUAAAAGAAAUUAAUGGUGAUGAGGAUGAAAUUGAAGUUUAUGAAAUGACUAAAAUGAAAAAAAAUUUUGAAAGAAAAUAUGUAUUAGAAAAAUGGCAAAAAACUGGUGGUGCAUUAAUAAUUGGUUAUGAAAUGUUUAGAAAUUUAAGUAAUGGUGGUAAAAAAGUACCUAAAAAAAUACGUGAAUCAUUUUAUCGUUGUUUAGUUGAACCAGGACCAGAUCUUGUUGUAUGUGAUGAAGGACAUUUAUUAAAAAGUGAAAAUACAGCAAUAAGUAAAGCAAUGAGUAAAAUAAGAACAUUAAGAAGAAUUGUAUUAACUGGUACACCAUUACAAAAUAAUUUGGUUGAAUAUCAUUGUAUGGUACAAUUUGUUAAGCCAAAUUUACUUGGUACUAAAAAAGAAUUUUUAAAUAGAUUUGUUAAUCCAAUAAAUAAUGGACAAUUUGAUGAUUCAACUGAAUAUGAUGUUAAAUUAAUGAAAAAACGUGCACAUGUAUUACAUAAAAUGCUUGAGGGUAGUGUACAACGUUUUGAUUAUUCUGUAUUAACACCAUUUUUACCACCAAAACAAGAAUAUGUUAUAUUUAUUAAAUUAACUGAAGUACAAGUUAAAUUAUAUCAGUAUUAUAUUGAAAAUUUAGCAAGAAGACAUCGUGCUGCUGGUGGUUCCCUAUUUGCUGAUUUUCAAUCAUUACAACGUGUAUGGACACAUCCAAUUUGUAUUAAAUUAAAUGCUGAUAAAGAUGCUGAACGUAAACGUAUGAAUAAUGAUACUGAUUCUGAAGGUUCAUUAAAAGAUUUUAUUGAUGAUGAUGAUGAUGAUACAGAUGAUAGUAGUAGUAGUAUACAAAGUACAUCAAGUACAGAAAAUAAUAAAAAAAAAACAACAAGUAGAUCAACAAAAUCAACAAGAGCAAAUCCACAACCAUAUGAACCAGUUAUUGAUGAACAACAACAACCUGGACAAAGUGAAUGGUGGUCACAAUUUGUUGAAGAUGAUUAUUUUGAAGAUAUGAGAAUAUCAUCAAAGCUACUAUUAUUAUUUGAUAUAUUAAAAGAAAGUGAACAAAUUGGUGAUAAAGUAUUGGUAUUUUCACAAUCAUUAUAUUCAUUGACAUUGAUUGAAAAAUUUUUACGUAUGAUUGAUGAUGAAACACAAAAAGGACAAACAUCUGAUUAUUUAGAUGGACACAGUGGUAAUUGGUCACUUGGUUUAGAUUAUUUUCGUCUUGAUGGUUCAACAUCAACUGAAAAUCGUUCAUUAUGGUGUAAAUUAUUUAAUAGACCAACAAAUACAAGAGCAAGAUUAUUUUUAAUAUCAACAAGAGCUGGUGGUCUUGGUAUUAAUUUAACAGCAGCAAAUAGAGUUAUAAUAUUUGAUGCCAGUUGGAAUCCAUCACAUGAUGUACAAUCAAUAUUUAGAAUAUAUCGUUUUGGCCAAAAAAAACCAUGUUAUGUUUAUCGUUUACUUGCUGCUGGUACAAUGGAAGAAAAAAUAUAUAAUCGUCAAGUUACAAAAUUAUCAUUAUCAUGUCGUGUUGUUGAUGAACAACAAAUUGAACGUCAUUAUACAAAUAAUGAUCUUGCACAAUUAUAUACAUAUGAACCAUGUGAUGAAGAAACAAGUUUACAAUUACCAAAAGAUCGUUUACUUGCUGAAAUAUUUUUACGUCAUAAAAAAAAUGUUAGAAAUUAUCAUGAACAUGAUUCAUUAUUAGAAAAUAAAGCUGAAGAAGAAUUAGAUGAAGAAGAAAGAAAACAAGCAUGGCGUGAAUAUGAAGAUGAAAAAGCUGGUAGACGUCAAAUGGGUAUGCCAAUGAUGAAUUAUCAAGAACAAUUAUUUAUGCAACAAAUUAAUGCACAAAUGUUAAGUCCAACAAUAACACAAAGACCAGAAUUUGAACAAAUUAGAGCUCUUAUACAAAAAGAUUAUCCAAAUGCAUCACCAGAACAACAAAUGCAAAUAACUAAACAAGCUAUGAUUAAUAUGUAUAAUUAUAUUGAAAAUCAACAUUUUAUGGGAACACCAGUAUUACCAGUUGGACGACCACCAAUGCAAAUGCAACAUCAACCAGUACCAUUAUUACAACAACAAUUACAACAACCAAAAUUACCAAAUCCAACAAAUACACUUGCUAAUAUGUUGGCACAACAAGAAUAUGCUAGACAUCAUAAUACAUCUGCUAAAAAAUUAUCAGCACAACACAAACAAAUGUUAUAUGCACAACAACAUGGUAAUUAUCGUACCGUACCAAAUCCAAUUGUACAAGCAAGAGUUAAUCCUGCUCCAACAGUAUCAAGACCAACAAAUUCAGCUGAACCAGAACUUGUUGAGUUGGAUGAUACAGAACCAACACCAGCACCCAGCACAUCAGUGGUUUCAACAAGUAGAGCUAAAAAAUAUCAAGAAGAAUAAACCUGAAAUAUACAUUUGAAAUAACAUUAACACAUUUAUGUAUCAUCAUUUUGACUUUGAGCACAAGAAAAAAGUUGAAGCUUCAAUAUCCAUUCAAUCAUAGAUUUUUUUUUUUUUUUUUAUUAUUAUGAUUAGUUUUUUUAUGGUAUAGUUGUAAUUUUUUUUUUUUUUUUCUUUCAUCAUCAUCAAAUAUACUCUUAGUUGUCUAUUUUUUUUUUUUUGUUUUCUUUUUUUUUUUCUAAAUAACAUUGUCGUGCAGUUGUCGAUAUUAUAAUUAUUAAUAUAAUAAUAGUUGUAAGUUUAAUUAUUAAAUAUUUUAAUUCUUAUUAUUAUUAUGUAGAAAAUUAAAUUUAGGUGUAAAGAAAUAUUGAAAGAAAAGAAUAAAAACAAUGGUCAAUAGCCAAUUUCAUAUUUCUUAAAAAUAUAAAAUUUAUGAGUUUAGAAAAUAAUGAAAAAUAAAAAUAAUUACAUUUAAAAUUUUUUUAUAUGAAAAUUAUUCUUUUGUUUAUUUAAUUUAUAUUUUUUUUUUUUAAAUAUCAUUUCGUAUAUAUUUAAAGUAUUGUCGUGUGUGUAAUUUAUAAUCUUCAGACAAGUUUAGAAAACAAAUGAUAAUUAUUUUAUUAAAAAAUAAAAGAUAAAAUAAACAAAAAAAAAAAAAUAAAUAAAUAAAAAUAAUGGUUGUCAACAAGAUAAGAUAACGUUGAUCGGAGUUUCCAAUAUUGUUUGGUCAAAAUAAAGACAAAACUUUGGGAUGUAGUUAGAAAUAAAAAAAAAUUAAAGGCUUUCAUCAGAUUUUUCAAGAGAAAAACAAAAAAAUAAACAAAUAAAAAUCUUUGAAAUGUUUUUAAAAAAUUAACGAAAAAAAGUGAAGAAAAAAAAACAAAAUUUCUUUUUCAGGACAAAACGAGAUGAAUUUGUUUUGUUUGUUUUUUUAUCUUUGUUUUUUUUUUUUUACAUGUAUUCCAUAUUUAUAAUGUAACAAUUAUUCCUGAAAUAUAAAUGUAAUCAUAGGCUUGUAAAAAUGCCAAUCGUGUUCCCUCUGUGAAAUGUAGAAACUUAGAAAUCACUGAGUAGUAGUUAACAACAACAAUAUCUAUCCAAUAAUUGCCAUAAAUUAAAUCUAAAUUUCUACUCGAUAUUAAUAAUAAAAUUGCCAAUAAUAAUUUGGUUGAAUUGUUUGUUUAAAUUAAUAUUUGUGUAAGACCUAAAUAUAAUAAAUAAACUAUCGAUUAAUCAAAGAAAAAAAAACAAAAAACCAA